ACUGUUCGGUUACAAACUCUUCUCUGUAGCUGACCCACACACACGCACAUCAAAGAACAGCUAUGUGACACCAAAUCCACCAGGAUUCUGGAAUUUCGGCUAACCCAAAAAGAGGUUUUCCGGCGAACCGAGAUGGAAAAAGAACCACUUUUACCAUAUAUAAGCCCAAGAAGUCCCAGACCCUCCCCACCACCACCACUACCCCUCUGUCCUUUACCGGAAGACAAUGAAAUCUCUAUCCCUCCUGUCCCUCUUACCCCAUCAGAAUUCAAAGACCGCCUUAUCUUUGGCCCUUCCCCUUCUUCACCUUCUUCUUCAUACCCCACAGACCCAUCGUCAAGCCUUGUUGAUGCUCUAAUCCUCACCAUAAAUUCACCUAGAGACUCCACUUCUUAUUCUUCAGACCCAAUAAACAAUAUUGACAAUGACCCACAACACCAAAAAUCUUGGUUGGUUGAUCCUAAUUAUCCAUGGGAUAAAAGCCAUCUUCAUAGGUGCAAGACAGCCCCAGCCAUGGCUGUUAUCAAUGAUUUUGAGCAUCCUUCAGUGCCUAAACCACCCCAAUUUAGCUCAUCUUCUAUUGUUAGACAGGCUGUUGUGCUUUUGAUUCUAUAUUUGACACUUGGGGUUGUUAUAUACUCUGUUAAUAGGAAACAUUUUAAUGCUAUUGAGACACACCCAGUUGUUGAUGCUUUGUAUUUCUGCAUUGUGACAAUGUGUACAAUUGGGUAUGGUGAUAUAACUCCUGCUAGUACUGUAACUAAGUUGUUUUCGAUUACGUUUGUUCUUGUUGGUUUCGGGUUUAUUGAUAUUUUGCUCAGUGGGAUGGUUGGGUAUGUGCUUGAUUUGCAAGAGCAUUAUCUGCUGAGGAGAAUUAAGGGGGGACCACAUGACCCAGGGUCUUAUAUAAUUGAUGUGAAGAAAGGGAGGAUGAGAAUUCGAAUGAAGGUGGCAUUGGCAUUGGGGGUUGUGGUUAUUUGUAUUGGAAUUGGGGUGGCUGUUAUGCAUUUUGUUGAGAACCUUGGUUGGUUAGAUUCAUUUUAUCUUUCAGUUAUGUCGGUUACUACAGUUGGAUAUGGUGACAGGGCAUUUACUUCUUUGCCCGGUCGGAUUUUUGCAUCGAUUUGGUUGCUUGUGUCGACACUUGCUGUUGCUCGAGCCUUUCUUUACUUGGCUGAGGCAAGAGUGGAUAAGAGGCAUAGGAAGAUGGAAAAAUGGGUGCUUGGUCAGGAUAUGACUGUUUCUCAGUUCCUUGCUGCAGACAUUGACCACAAUGGCUUUGUGAGUAAAUCAGAAUUUGUUAUUUACAAGCUCAAGGAGAUGGGAAAGGUAUCAGAGAAAGAAAUCUUUCAGAUCUGCAAAAUUUUUGAUCGGCUAGACACCGGAAACUGUGGGAAGAUUACUCUUGCUGAUCUCAUGGAAAGUCAUCACUAAGAUAUCUAGGUGGCGGUGGCAUAGGUUCUGGUAUCGACCCUGAUUUGUCUCAGAUUCAGCAGAGGCAAGCGAAAAUUCUUUUUGAUAGUACAAUAGCAAGAAGAGUAAGUUUGAAGUUCCAGUUGUAUAUGAAUGGUCGUGCUAGUAUGAUAUUAACUAGUUCAUGGAUGAUCAUGGUGCCUGAAGAUCCCGACCACCCGAUGGGCUAAAUUUUUCCGCAAUUUAGAAGGGCAAAACACAAAAAUCUCUCAUGGUCUGGUCUCAUGUCCUAUCCAAAUAGAAAACAUCUUCAAAAGUUAAUGUUAUUUAUUUGCCAGAGAAGUAGUUGGACCGAUUGCUCUAGUUCUCCGGUAGUCAGAUGUCUUCGAUUGGCGAGGAUCGUGCCCGACUGAGAGGUUUAUGGUCCAUCCAAACAUUUUGUUAGAACAUUGUAGGCAUAUUGAGUUUAUAUUUUUCAAAUGCAGGAGGAAAAAGUAAAAGAAGAGGCAAUUGUACUUAUGGUACUGGUUUUCCUAUUCUUGUUUUUCGUAGAGUAAAUCUAUAUGGGUUCCAUGGGUGAAAAUGUGAUUGGGUUCCAUGAACCAAGGUUGGGCUUCUUUUUUCUCUGCCUCCUCCUCUGGUAUAUGCAGGAAUCAUUAUAACUCUCUCUCUCAAACUAACAUUAUCCUUAGUUUUUU